UUUCAGAUCCCUGUUUCUUCAAAACCCUAAUUCUGUCAAAUUCAGUUUGAGCCUCGAAAAAUUCUACAUUUAUCUAUCUUGGUUCUCUCUCUCAAUCUAACGAUUUCGCCAUUCAACAGCGAUCUUUCCGUCUCCAUCAUCGUCAUCAACGCUCCCAUUUCCUAAACCUCAGAGAGGGAUCCAGCUAACAGUUGUUUCCCGCUGAAAAGUUGCUUCCCCACAGAACUGUAAAGCAAACGGUUAGAUGCACCAACACAAGCACCACUAACGAACCAUUGGUUCAGUUCAAUAUAUAACGAAUCCGAUACUCUUUUCAUCUCACACCUACUGCCACCACUUCCUGCUUAGUGCGAAAGCCAUUUCAGCACAUUAAAUGGCAGUUCACGGUGACGAUGACCCUGUGGUGAUGGUGGUUCCCAACCUCUCCCCGCCCAACACCUACGAAGCUGUCGUCAACGGUGGCACCUUCGACCGAUUGCACAAUGGCCACCGCCUCUUCCUCACUGCUUCAGCGGAGUUGGCUAGGUGCCGGAUUGUAAUUGGAGUUUGUGACGGACCUAUGCUGGCAAAAAAACAGUUUGCUGAACUGAUACAGCCCAUUGAGGAAAGGAUAAAUAAUGUCAAAACUUUCAUAAAGUCUGUCAAGCCGGAGUUGGAAGUGCAAGCUGUACCAAUCACAGAUCCGUUUGGCCCUUCCAUUACAGAUGAAAACUUGGAGGCUGUGAUUGUAAGCAAAGAGACAUUACCGGGAGGAUUGGCUAUAAACAGAAGAAGAGCUGAAAGAGGCCUUUCACAGUUGAAGAUUGAAGUUGUAGAUUUGGUCUCUGGAGAAUCAGGUGAAAUUAAGCUGAGUUCAUCAAUGCUACGGAAGAUUGAGGCUGAAAAGGCUAAACAACAAAACACGAUAUCGGAAACUUAGUUACAGACAAUUUGUGUAACUUUUUUCUCUUAAAAUAUUUCUUCAAAGAUGAGAUUAAGAUGUCCAUUAAAGCAACUAACUGACAUGUGGUUGCAUGUUAUGGCAUUGUUUCAAAGUUUAAAAGGCGCAAGUCACAUUCUUUAGAAAAAACAUUGGAACGAUGUAUCGUUUUUUUUUUCAACGCACGCAACAAAAGAACAUUAUUAGUUUGUUUAGAGAAAUCUGUUGUAUUUAUAUUUAUAUUUUCUCUAAAAGAAAUAAACCUUUUAAAGUAGUUAUUUUAUUGUAAACAGUGUUCUUCAUGAUAUAUGUAGCUAGUUAUGCUUUGCAUUUA